CCCACGGUGCCCCUUCCUGGCUUCCCACCUUCGGGGUCCGAAAGUGGCCUUUGUGCCUCGCAAGUGCUACAUCGGUGGACACCUCUGAGGUCUUUGUAGCGCUUCUAACCAGGGAAGACUGAAAUUGGCAGAAGACCGAAGACUUCCUUCAGACCUCUUGGAGGCCUCCUUGGAGCAUAGAUGGAAGAGGAAAACUCGGCAGGCCCCGAAAAAGGAAGAGGCCGUGAUGCCAUCAAGACCGGGAGCAGUAGGGGAUUCUGGGAGAGAACAGUGCAGAAGAUCCUGGGUGAGGAGGACAAGCUCAGCUCAGAUGUGCAGCGCCUGCAGUUCAGGGCGUUCUGCUACCAGGAGGCCAAGGGGCCCCGAGAGGUUUGGAGUCAACUCCACCAUCUUUGUCGUCAGUGGCUGAAGCCGGAGCAGCACACCAAGACUCAGAUCCUAGACCAGGUGAUCCUGGAGCAAUUCUUGACUGUCCUUCCACUGGAGAUGGAGAGCUGGGUGAGGGAGUGUGGAGCGGAGACCAGUUCCCAGGCAGUGGCCCUGGUCGAAGGUUUCCUCCUGAGUCAAGCAGAGGUCAAGAAGCAGAAGGAGCAGCAGAUACAGGAUCCGUUUGCAAAAAAGGGCAGUGAUUUCCUAGAGGUGGAGAGGGAUCCAUCGGACACCAGACAGGGACCACUGGGUGAAGGAAUGAUUUCAGCAAGAUCACCUCAGACAUCUCCUCAUUGCAGUGGAAGGGUAGCAGUUUCAGUGGAACAAGAUCAGGGUACAGUUUUCUUUGAGGAUGUGGCUGUAUACUUCACGGAUGAGGAGUGGGCCCUGCUGAAUCCUGACCAGAGAACGCUGCAUAACAGUGUCAUGGAGGAGAACUGUGUGAUCGUGGCGUCUCUUGAAGGUGACAAAUUGGAAACCAAGAAUCAGGGAGACCAUGACAAACUCCACACAGUAGAGAAGCCAUAUGAAUAUCUGGAGUGUGGAGAGAGCAUCUAUCAGAGUUCCCAUCAAGGAAUUGACAACAAGGCGAAACUUUAUCAGUGCUUGGAAUGUGGGAAGAACUUCAGCUGGAAGAAAAAUCUCACUUCCCAUCAAAGAAUUCAUACCGAAGAGAAGCGAUAUCAGUGCUUGGAUUGUGGAAAGAGCUUUAACAGAAGCACAGAUUUCUGUCGUCAUCAAAGAAUUCAUACAGGGGAGAGGCCGUACGAAUGCUUAGAAUGUGGAAAGAGCUUCAGUCAGAGCUCCAACCUCCAUGCCCAUCAAAGAAUUCACAGUGGGAACAAACCCUACCAGUGUCUGGAAUGUGGGAUUGGCUUCACCACCAAGAGAAGUCUCACUUCCCAUCAAAGAAUUCAUACUGGGGAGAGACCAUAUCAGUGUCUGGAAUGUGGUAAGAGCUAUAGCUGGAAGGACAGUCUCACUUCCCAUCAAAGGAUUCAUACAGGGGAAAAACCCUAUCAGUGCUUGGAGUGUGGAAAGAGCUUCCACAGAAGCACACAUUUCCGCCGCCAUCAAAGAAUUCACAGCGGGGAGAAACCCUACCAGUGCUUGGAAUGUGGGAAGACCUUCAGCUGGAAGGAAAGUCUCACUUCCCAUCAGAGAAUCCAUACAGGGGAGAAACAUUAUCAGUGCUUGUAAAUGUGAAAAGAGUUUUAUUAAAUGUACCAUUUUCCAUCUUCAUCAAGGUAUUCACAGCGGGAAGAAUCCAUAUCGGUGCCAGGAGGGUGCCCCAUCCUACUCUUUUUUUUGUAAUAGGGCAACAAAAAGAACAUAAUAGCACCUUCAAGACUUCGCACAUGUAUUCUGGCAGAAGAUUGUGAGGUUUUGAGAAGGAGUGGGAAGGGAUGUUAAAUGAUGAUGAUGAUGAUGAUAAAAAUAAUAAUUUAUU